UUGAACCAUGUCAUGCCAGGAUAAAACGUGUUGUCGUUAUUGUCGUCAUCGGCUCUUCAUCGCCCAAUUCGACUUCGUUGCAUUCCGAAUGGCACCAGCCGCACACUCAUAUUCUUCAUACUCUUCAAUGGACUGUUUGGCGUAGGUUGUCGAUAGCCUCCAACAUCUAGAGAGCAGAAAUAGCCAUAAGACACUCGACAACACUCGACUCUAGAGCUCGCGACAAGCGCGCCAUAGAAAAUGCCAGCUCGGCGGAACAGGCGCUUUUUCUCGCGAGAGCCAUUCCACAAUGACGACCGGCUAACGUUGCAGCACGCUGAGGGGCCGUUUGGCUUUCUCAAUCCAACAAGAGCGCAUUUCGACCACUCAGCACUGGCUCCGAAGCCGACGCCUGACGAGAUAGCGGAACCACAUGAGAGCGGCGAUGAUGCGGAAACCAGGCAUGAACAGACAAAACAAGCCGCCGAUUCGAACGUCCCCGCCAAGAACGUCAAAUUCUUAUGGCGGUCUCGAGAUAAUCGAAAGGGCCGGCAUCCUUUGCUCGUUCAAAAGCCGCUCCCGGGAGAGGUGGCGCCUUUCCUGACACCACGGUGCACGUCGCAUCCCCGGGAGAUUUUGAAGACGGUGAUCAAGACUUUCACGUACUACCCCAUCUGGGACAUUUCGUGGCUGGUGGCCUUCAUCUUUACAUGGGGAAGCAUGGUCUGGGUUCUAAAUAGUUUCUUCGUCUGGCUUCCGCUCGUGGCUCCCUCUACCGAGUUCGACAGCGAAGUCUACUGGGCCGGUGGCAUAACCGCCUUCAUAGGCGCCAUCGUCUUUUUCGAAUUCGGUUCCAUCCUCCUCAUAUUCGAGGCCAUAAACGCCAACAGGUCGGGCUGUUUCGGUUGGGCCGUCGAGCAAUUUGUCGACAAUGGGAGAAGUGGCAAGCCGAGGCUUCGGGUAGUCGCAAGCCGCCAUCAUUGCCACCACCAUCACCAAAAUCGACGCAACUUUGUGGGCAAGCCCUCAGCUUCUACUUCGAUUGAAGCUCAACCGGAUCCCGGCAGUAAUAAUGAUGAGAAGCAUUGGCAAUGGUUCCCUUCGUGGCAUGACUUGCGCACACAUUAUAUCCACGAGCUGGGAUUUCUCGCCGGUUGUGCACAGCUCUUUGGCGCGACUGUCUUUGGUGUGUCUGGCUUUACCGCGCUGCCGGGGAUUAACAAUCAUCUCACGCCCCAAUGGCGACUCAAUGCCGCGUACUGGAUCCCUCAGGUCGUUGGCGGCAGUGGCUUUAUUGUCAGCAGCACAUUGUACAUGCUAGAAACACAGCAGAAAUGGUGGAAGCCCGCACCUCACCUUCUGGGCUGGCACAUUGCGUUUUGGAAUCUCGUGGGAGCGUUUGGGUUCACGCUCUGCGGUGCCCUGGGUAUGGCAUUCAACAAUUCUGGGGCGCAGUUUGAAGCUGGACUGGCUACAUUCUGGGGUUCAUGGGCUUUCUUGAUUGGCAGUUACCUGCAACUUUACGAAAGUUUGAGCAAGCAUCCCGUGGAACAGGUCUCAUCAAUGGAUGAGUUCAAUUCCAGGAAAUAGGUUCCGCUUUCGGAGGCACGGACACGUCUUGACAUGACCAGGGUUUUAAUAGAUUCUUGUACGAUGUACAGAUACUCGGAGGAAAUUUUAGACUUUGUGAACCGUGAUACAGCAUGUAGGACCAUUGUCUUGGAUUUGCGUAAUUUAGCAGCGAUUGGUCCAGGUUAAUUUACUAGGUAGUCUUAAGAGAUGGCAGGCACGCCAUUGAUACACGAACAGGCAGCGAAGGUAUCACGAGCCUGCUGGGUUUAUG